CCCUCUAUCAUCGACGACUAUGAUGAUGUAUUGCAAUAUGUUAAUCCCCUCAUUGGCAGUGCGAACGGAGGAAAUGUCUUUGCGGGCGCGUCUCUCCCGUACGGAAUGGCUAAAGCUGUUGCUGAUACGGACUCCGAGAGCAACCAGGGAGGGUUCACACUGGACGGCAGUAAAAUCACUGGGUUCUCCAGCUUACAUGACUCUGGCACUGGAGGUUCUCCAUCUCUCGGGAACUUUCCUCUAUUCCCCUACGUGUCCUGCAAAGACGAUGAGGUCAAUGGCUGCGUCUACCCCAAAAAAGAACGCAAAACAUCUUACGACCCGGGAUCUGUAGUUGCGGAGCCUGGGUACUUCGCGCUAACCAUGAGCUCUGGUAUCCAAGUUGACAUGACCACAUCUCAGCACACGUCGCUAUUCCGCUUUCGUACCUCAUCUAAAGAGCCAUCGAGUCCUUUGAUCUUGCUGGAUCUGACUGAUCUGUCAGAUUCCCGACAAGACAACGGUUCCAUACAUGUGGAUGCAACGACAGGUCGCCUAGCAGGAAAUGCUCGUUUCUUACCAAGUUUUGGAAGUGGGUCUUAUGUUCCAUACUUCUGUGCCGAUUUCGAAAGUGAUGCUGGAAUGCGCGACAAUGGAAUAUUCGUCAACUCGCGAGCAAGCACAAAUGUGAAGAACUUGACAGUCUCCCGGAGCAUCAAUGGCUAUCCUCUCCCGGGUGGUGGUUUUGUUCGAUUUAAUCCACAAACAACCCACACGAUCAAAGCCAGAGUUGGCGUGAGCUUUAUUAGCACUGAUCAGGCAUGUAGAAAUGCUGAGAACGAAAUUCCUACCUUUGACUUUGAUGCCGUCCGAUCAGCAGCAGUCGAGCAGUGGAGAAAAAAGCUCGCUCCUAUCCGAGUAUCGAAGACAGGAAUCAACUCCUCCGUAUUAACCAACUUUUACAGUGGUAUCUACCGGACUAUGAUCAAUCCCCAAGAUUACACCGGAGAAAACCCACUCUGGAAGAGCUCAGAGCCAUACUUUGAUUCCUUCUACUGUAUUUGGGAUUUAUUCCGAUCUCAGUUACCGUUUUUAACUCUCGUAGAUCCUUCGACAGUAGCUAAAAUAGUCCGUUCUCUGAUUGACACCCAGCAGCAUCUAGGUUGGCUCCCAGAUUGCCGUAUGUCGUUCUGUAAAGGUUUCACGCAGGGCGGUUCUAACGCAGAUGUGGUCCUCGCCGAUGCAUUUUUGAAAGGAGUAUCCGAGGGGAUUGAUUGGGAAGCUGGAUAUGCGGCUGUCAAGAAAGAUGCCGAGGAAGAGCCAUAUGACUGGUCAAAUGAAGGUCGAGGAGGGUUAGAGAGUUGGAAAUCGCUCAACUAUAUCCCAGUGGAAGAUUUCGAUUAUAUCGGCUUUGGAACUAUGACGCGGAGCAUCUCCCGCACCUUGGAGUAUUCAUAUAACGAUUUCACUAUUUCUCAGAUGGCCCGGGGUCUCAAGAAGACCGGUGAUGCAGAAAAGUAUGAAGGGACUUCGAGAUUCUGGCGGAAUCUCUUCAGGGCUGAUCAGACCUCUUUCCUUUCCGGAACUGAUACCGGCUUUAAAGGCUUCUUCCAACCAAAGUACCUGAAUGGGACAUGGGGGUUCCAGGAUCCGAUAACAUGCUCUAACAUCGAUACUAGCGGGAGGUCAUGCUCUCUCCAGAACAAUGCAGCGGAGACCUUUGAAUCGAGCAUUUGGGAGUACCAAUUCUUCGUACCCCAUGACAUGGCUGCACUGAUUACUCUUCUGGGUGGUCCCUCCCAAUUUGUCCGUCGUCUCGACUUCCUUCACGAUAAAGGCAUUACGUAUAUCGGCAAUGAACCGGCCUUCCUCACCGUUUUUCAGUACCAUUAUGCGGGGCGCCCCGGAAAGUCGACUUCCCGCGCCCACUUCUACAUUCCACGCUUCUUCGAUCCUAGUCCCACUGGAUUACCUGGAAAUGAUGAUUCCGGUGCUAUGGGCUCAUUUGUUGCGAUGACCAUGAUGGGUCUUUUCCCAAACCCCGGCCAGAACGUGUAUCUGAUUACCACCCCCUUUUUUGAGUCUGUUCGCAUCACAUCCCCCGUCACUGGCCGCAACGCGACCAUCCGUACCGUGAACUUUGAUCCCUCAUACCAAAAUAUCUACAUCCAGUCUGCUACAUUGGAUGGAAAAUCGUACACGAAGAAUUGGAUUGGGCACGACUUCUUCACGCAGGGAAGAGAGCUUGUUCUCGUCUUAGGCCGGAACGAGAGCCAAUGGGGGACUGGGGCGCAGGAUAUCCCGCCGUCUUUGUCAGGCGCAGAGGUGUCUACUUUUUGAUUUUCAGGAUGGGCGAUUCGAGUAGAGCCGAGGAUAUCAGUGUACUUCACACGAGCGUUCAUCGUCUUGGGUGGGUGGUUUUAGGGUCUGGAUUGGCACGUGACAUCCAUGCUUCCAACACCAAUCACCGUUAUAUUGCUAGGGAGAACGAUUUG